AAAAAAAUUAAAGAAGUAUUCAUGAAGAGGGAGCUGGAUUCACUUGGUGUUAUCGUUGAGAUUUGAAGUCUGGGAGCCGUCGAUGUUCUCGUCGUCCCAAUUCACGGUAAACGUCUCUGCUUGCGCAGCAAAUAUGAAGCAUUUCCCUCCGGUCACUUCAAAGAGCGUCGCCGUCAUCGGCGCCGGAGCUGCCGGGCUAGUGGCCGCCAGGGAGCUCCGGCGGGAGGGCCACGGCGUCGUGGUGUUUGAGCGUGAAAACCAGAUCGGCGGCACCUGGGUGUACUCCCCGACCGUCGAGUCCGAUCCGCUGGGAAUUGACCCCCGCAGGGAAGUCGUUCAGUCGAGCCUCUAUGCCUCCCUUCGGACCAACCUCCCCCGGGAAGUAAUGGGGUUCCUGGACUACCCGUUCGCAAACCCUAGAAAACCCAAUCGAGACCCGAGGCGAUUUCCGGGUCAUGGGGAAGUUCUGGAAUACUUGAAGGACUUCGCCUGCGAAUUCCGGCUUACUGAACUAGUCCGGUUUGCAACAGAGGUUAGGUUUGUGGGUUUGGCUGACGAAGGGAAGUGGGAAAUUAGGUCAUUUGGGAGAGAUCAUGGCGGAGAUGCGCUUGUGAAUGAGGUGUAUGAUGCUGUUGUGGUCUGCAAUGGCCACUUUACUGAACCCAGGAUUGCUGAAGUUCCAGGGAUGAAUGUUUGGCCAGGCAACCAAAUUCACAGCCAUAAUUACCGAAUCCCUGACGAUUUCAAAGAUCAAGUUGUAGUGGUGAUAGGCAGCUCAGCUAGUGCUGAAGAUAUCUCCAGAGAAAUAGCUAGAGUUGCUACAGAGGUCCAUAUUGCAUCGCGAUCAUUUCAAAAAAACAAAAGCUCGGAAAAGUUGUCUGGGUAUGAAAAUGUUUGGCGACACCCCAUGAUAGAAGCUCUUGGCUCUGAUGGUCGAGUGAAUUUUCAGGAUGGAAUUGUAAUUUGUGCUGAUGCUAUCAUACAUUGCACCGGAUACAAAUACGGUUUUCCUUUCCUUGAAACUGGCCGUGUUUUACGCUUGGAUGACAAUCGUGUUGGGCCACUGUACAAACAUGUUUUCCCACCGUCCCUCGCCCCGGGGCUUUCAUUUGUUGGAAUUCCAUGGAAGGUUGCUCCGUUCAUCUUGUUUGAGUUGCAAAGCAAAUGGAUUGCCAAGGUCCUAUCUGGUCGAGUUCGUCUUCCACCAGAGGAAGAAAUGGUUGCUGAGAUUGAAGCUUUCUACUUGAACAUGGAGAAACGUGGUCUCCCAAAAAGACAUACCCAUCAACUUGGGGAACAACAGUUUGAGUACGAUGACUGGUUGGCUGCGGAGUGUGAUUAUCCACCGAUCGAAGAAUGGAGAAAGGAAAUGUACUAUGUGACAAGCCAGAGAAGAAGCGAACAGCCUGAGACGUAUCGCGACCUAUGGGAUGAUGAACCCUUAAUAUCACAGGCACAUGAACAUUUCCUCAGAUUCCUUCCAAAGACUCCCAGUAGCUAAAGUUUGAAUGGAAAAUGUACCGUUUUCACCCUCAUCUGUGUCAUAUCACUCCAAUUUCAGUCACUUCUGUAAAAAAAAUAAUAAUAAAACCAUAUAGUAUGUGCACUGCUUGCUGUUUGUAUUAAAAUGUUGUAAUUUACGGAGUAUUCAAUAAAUUUACAGGGCAAAACAGUCCACCUUUGUUUUUGGUCUAAGUAACUGGCAUAUAGCUCAUGUUUCCAUUUGUACUCUAUGUAGCUCAUGUUUCCAAUUUCCAGGUCAGAAAAUUCAUGUAUAUUUUCACUUGAGAUCAUUUC